GCCGCACUUCCGGGUUCCCGCGCGCUGGGAGCGGAGAAACUGAGGCAGGCCUGGAAGUCUGUUUCCUGGGCUCCCAGCGGCCGGAAGUGCGAGGCUCCAGCCGCGGGAACGUCCCCGGGCUCCCCGUUUCCGCGGAAGGGGUGAUCGGCUGCAGCGCGUGGGCACUGCGGGUCCUUCCCCGCACAGGUGCAGUCUGACAGUCUCAGGGAUGAGCCACUCGCUGGUGUGCCCCGACACCGUGAGCAGGGUGAGUUCCGUGCUGAAUCGCAAUACCCGAGAGUUCGGCAAGAAGCACCUGUUCGACCAAGUGGAGGAGACGUGUUGGAGCUCGGACCAGGGCCCCGCCCAGUGGGUGACGCUGGAGUUCCCGCAGUGCGUGAGGGUGUCCCAGCUGCGGAUCCAGUUCCAAGGGGGCUUCUCCUGUCGCCGUGGCCGCCUGGAAGGAGCGCAGGGCACCGGGGAUCUUGACAAGAUUCUGGACUUCUACCCUGAGGACAGCAAUGCCCUGCAGACCUUCCCCGUACCGACUGCUGAAGUGGACCGGCUGAAGGUGACCCUGGAGGACCCCACUGACUUUUUUGGCCGCCUGGUCAUCUACCACCUGUUGGUGCUGGGGGAGAAGGUGUGAGGACAGCUGAGUUGCCACCUCCUCCAAAAAAACCUCCAGGAAGCACAGCAAUUCCCUGGGUUCU